AUGCCGGGGAGGCCAUCGCAGAGUUAUCAGGUGUCCCGGGCACCUCCGGACAGUGACGGGUGCCUGGAGGCAGAGCUAGCCCACGAGGAAGGUCCGGGGCCUAUUCCAAGGCGGUGGCUGAGGACGUGUUGCUGGCGGGCGCAAAACACGGUCAUCUCAGCUCCGCAGCCCUGGACCAAGGCGGUCCCAGGUGCACAAUGGGUUUUAAGGACCAAUGUGUCGGGCGGAUGGGCCCUCUGCGCCUACGUGGUGCACAGGAAUGUGACCUGUGUCCUACAGGAGGGAGCAGAGAGCUACAUAAAGGCUGAGUACCGGCAGUGUGGAUGGGGGCCCAAGUGCCCCGGGACAGUCACGUACCGCACAGUGCUCAGACCCAAAUACAAGGUCGGCUACAAGAAGGUGACGGAACUCUCCUGGCGUUGCUGCCCUGGGCUCACUGGAGAAGGCUGCCCUGAGCACCUCACAGACCACGGGGCUGCCCCACCCCAGUCGGAGCCUGAGCCCCAGAUUCCCUCCGGGCAGCUGAGCCCAGGCCCCAGGCCCCCUCCUAGCAGAGCCACCCCCAGCCCUUACGGAAGGAAAGGCCUGGGGUUGUUUGGUGAGCGGCUGGAACGCCUGGAGGGUGAUGUCCAGCGCCUGGCGCAAGCAUAUGGUACCCUCAGCGGCCUGGUGGCCAGCCACGAGGACCCCAACAGGAUGACCGGUGGCCCCAGAGCUCCCGAUGCCCAGGUGGGCUUUGGAGGCAUCCCCGAGGGGUUUGUGAACCCUGGAGACAGAGCUGGAAGGCCACUCACACCUCCUCUGGACGAGAUCUUGAGCAAGGUGACAGAGGUGAGCAACACACUGCGGACCAAGGUGCAGCUGCUGGACGAGGUGCAUGGCCUGGCCCUCGGCCACGAGGCCCGCCUGCAGCAGCUUCGGGAGGCGCCCCCAUCUCCGCUCACCUCCCUGGCCCUGUUGGACGAAUAUGUGGACCGACGGCUGCAUCAACUCUGGGGGAGCCUGCUGGAUGGCUUCGAGCAGAAGCUGCAAGGCAUCCAGAGCACAUGCGACCUGCGGGUGCAGGAGGUGCGGCAGCAGUGCGAGGAAGGUCAGGCGGCCAGCCUGAGGCUGCACCAGAGCCUGGAUGGCCGGGAGCUGGCCCUGCGCCGGGAGCUCUCACAGCUGGGCACCCGGCUGCAGGGCCUGAGCGUGGCUGGUAGGGGCAGCUGCUGCAGCCAGCUAGCCUCGGUCAGUGCCCGCAUGGACAGCCUCGAGAGCAACCUGCAGGCCGUCACCGAGGUCCAAAGGGGCCAUGGCCCCAGCACCAGGGAUGAGCUCACGCGGCUCUCUGCCGCCAUGCUCAAUGGGGGUGUGGAUGGAUUUCUUGAGGGCCUGGAGACCCUCAAUGGGACAGAUACCCCACCAGGCAGGCCGGCAGGGCCCCUGGUGCAGACAGAACUCGCUGUGCUGGAGCAACGGCUGGUUUCGCUGGAGACCUCAUGUACCCCCAGCACCACCUCAGCUGCUCUGAACAACCUUGUGGCAGAGGUGAAGGCCUGGCAGAGCCAGAUGGAGGUCCUUCUCCGCCAGGUGGCCAGCCACACAGCCUUACUCCAGCAGCUCAAUGGCACUGUGGCCGAGGUCCAGGGGCAGCUGGCAGAAGCAACGGGCAGCUCACUCCAGGGCGAGAUCACCCUGCUCAAGGUCAAUCUGAACUCCGUGAGCAAGUCACUCACAGGCCUCAGCGACUCCGUCAGCCAGUACUCCGAUGCCUUCUUAGCCACCAACACCUCCCUGGAUGAGCGGGAACGCAAGGUGGAGGCCGAGGUCCACGCCAUCCAGGAGCAGGUCAGCAGCCAAGGCUCACGGCUUCGAGCUGGCCACAGGCAGGUCCUGAGCCUGCGGGGGGAGCUGGAGCAACUCAAGGCCGGUGUGGCCGAUGUGGCUGGCGGGCUGAGCCGCUGCCAGGACACAGCCCAGGAACUCCAGCUGGCAGUGGGCCAUUUCGAUCAGAGGGUGGCACAAGUGGAGGGUGUGUGUGGGAAGCUGGGCCCAAUGGCUGCAGACCUGAACAGCUUGCCCACUGAUUCACUCAGGCACAGGGAGGGCCUCUGGGGCCAUGUGGAUCAGCUGAAUCGCACGCUGGCCCAGCACGCACAGGACAUCGCCCGCCUCCGGGAUGACCUGCUAGAUUGCCAAGCCCAGCUGGCUGAGCAGGGGCGGCCAGGGCGGGCCAACUAGGCAGGCUGGACAGGACCCAACACCCAGAUCCUACCAACCCUGGGGACAUCACCCCAGAGCACAGACCAUGCUUCCCAGCCUCCCUUGGCCAUUGCAGAGGCCAUUUUAGGGGCUACUGAAGGAGCAGUCUUGGUCCAGCUCCACGUGACUGUCUCAGACAUCAACACCACUGCUCACUGCCGCACCAACUGGACAGUUCAGGAUAGUGGUCACGGCGAGUACAACAUGCCUGCAGGCAAGGGUGCACCUAGGAGACCUCACAAUCCAGUUUGCCACUUGCCCUUCUGCAGACAUGAGUUGGCAUAUGGGCAAAGACUGCAGGUCCAUUCUCAGACAGUGGCCUGUCCACAUCUCCCUUUGCCCAUGGGCAGUCGGCCCGAGCCCAUGGAGGCUCCUGGUUCCUUUGUCCCCUUAGCUUCUCUCCCCUGUCAUCUGCAGGAAGGUGCUGCCCAUUGGCACUGUC